AUGCUGGGCGCACUUGUCAACAAGCCGAACCGCGUCCCCGAGAUGCAGAGGCUGGUGCAGGCCUCCCAUGAGCCCAUCUAUUACCGCAUGCCCCGAGGCAAGCUCUACGUCAGGACGUUCUACGUCGGGUUUGCGUGCGGGCUAAUGGGCACUGUCUUCGGCGCAUACUCGCUCAUCAAGGGCAAGUCUGCUACGGAGUAA